AUGGGUGCUAUACGGACUAUAGGCAUUGUUGUGCUAAGCAUCUCGUUUGUUGUCUUCGUUGCUCUCUUUGGUCGACUCCCCGUCUUCAGGAGGACACCUAUCGCCUUUCUCCAUCGACUGCUCUGGAAAAUUAUCCCAAAUGCCAUUGUAUUCAUCGAUGAACGGCUCACUGGCCGCCGUGUCACGCGUAGUCUCGCGAGAACGGGUGAUUAUCUCAUGAAUGAGAAACAUCCACUUAUCCUUAUAUUCUUUGUCCUCUUACAGGUUGCCGGCGAAUUUCUGUUCAUUCCAGCAGCAUGGGGUCGUCUUUCGACCAGCCAAAUAGCAGUGUUGCCCCCUCUGAUUGUUGCCCCUCUGGCGUUUCUGUACCUUUCCAAUACUACAUCCUCAAAUAUCACCCCUGAGAAUCACCGGUCGGCAAUGUUGGCGUAUCCCUAUGACUUUGCUCUCUUCCAUCCAGGCUACUUCUGCUCUACCUGUCGAUUUCCAAAACCAGCCAGGUCUAAGCACUGUUCUAUAUGUAAGGCGUGCAUUCAGAAACAGGACCACCACUGCAUCUGGAUCAACAACUGCGUGGGAAGGAACAACUAUCUAUGGUUUCAUCUCCUCCUGGUCAGCAUAGCCACACUGCUUUUCUACGGUUCAUAUCUGGGUUAUGUCUUGCUCGACCGAAGACUCCAGGAACGCCUCGUGCCGCCAGCGCUGACGAGAGGCAGUUUCACGGCCAAGCGGUGGAGCACCAGGAUGACAUGGGGCGAAUACGCACACGCUUGGGCAUGGGCUAUUUCCAUAGAGUGGCGUAUCGGUGCCGUCAUGAUGCUGGCUAUGAUGUGUAUCCCGCUGGCGCUGGGAUUUCUUUCCUAUCACAUCUAUCUCAUCUGGGCGGGUAUGACUACGAACGAAAGCUCGAAAUGGAGUGAUUGGAAAGAGGAUAUUACAGACAAGGUAGUCUUCAGGGCAGAGAUGACUCGCCUGAGAGAAACCUAUCCACCUCUGCCUGAAGACGUCGAACCUUUGGACAAGGAUGUGAAAUGGCCGGCGGGAGUGCGGGCCAAGUGGUGGCUGGUGAGGACGAGAGAUGGCAGACAGCCCACAAGGAAGGUCAGCAGAAAGGCAGGAAAUACUACAAAUUCCGGGGCUGGAACGGGAGGAAAUACGAACGGGGAGGAAGAGGUGCCGGACGAGCGUUGGGAACCUGUUUCUUCAAUUGCACAGGUUGAGAACUUGUAUGAUCUGGGUUUCUGGGACAACCUGUGGGAUGGACUGUUCAAUCACGGAUGA